AUGGAGGAUGCAUGGAAGAAGGACUGUGCGGAAGCGCGACAGGCGCUGAUGGACUCUAUUCCUCCCAAGUGGCGUCUAUCCAACCGCCCCAGCGAGUCACAAACGGACGUACGCUCUGUUCCAAGAACCUGUGGCCUGCUCACCGAGCGACAACUGGAGAUCACGGAGCAGAAUGCGAGUGAUUUGAUGCCGAAAUUGCUCGAUGGACGCCUAUCAUCGGCGGAAGUGACAGAAGCGUUUUGCGCACGAGCUGCAAUCGCUCACCAGUGUGACAUCUUUCACAUGAAAGGCAAGAUGCUGACUAUGGGCUUUGCGGCCUGGCAUAACAACAAAAGUGAUCAGGACGCCGCAAUUAUUGAGAUAUUGAGAAACGCAGGAGCUGUCUUCUAUGUUCGAACAACCAUGCCCCAGACAGGCAUGUUCCUCGAAACUUGGAGUAAUCUCUGGGGCCGGACGGUGAAUCCAUACAACACCGCCUUUUCUGCUGGAGGCUCGUCCGGAGGCGAUGGUAGCCUCGUCGCCAUGCGAGGUGCACCGUUCUGCCCAUCAACAGACAUUGGAGGCAGUAUCAGAGCGCCUGCAGCAUUCAACGGAAACUACGCGAUCCGACCUACGGGCGAGAGGACUGCGCGACGGGGAAUGGGGGCCUUAGCCAGCGGGCAGAUUUCAGUCAAGGUGUCCUCGGGUCCGAACUGCCAUAGCAUGGGUGAUAUCAAGAUGGCGAGCAGGGUCUUGCUUACGCAUUAUGGACUUCCCUUCGAGACUACCGCUAUCCCCAUACCAUGGAAAGAUGUCGCGCCCAAAAAUGGGAAGCUCUGCUUCGGACUGAUGGCUACAGAUGGCUGCGUCGAACCCCAUCCCCCAAUUCGCAGGGCGUUGAGAGAAACGGAGGAUAAGCUGCGGGCCGCUGGCCAUGAAGUCAUUGGCUUCUCGCCACCUUUCGACUGUUGGGAAGUUGCGGAUACCACGUGGAGAUUAUGGUUCCAAACUGGAGCCAAGGAGUGCAAGAGCCUCGUGGCGUCCGCAGGGGAACCAUUAUAUCCAACUUAUACUUGGUACCUGGACACAUUCAAUAUCCAACCGUUAUCGGUUCCUGAAUUGUUCAAGUUAAACACGAAACAGAGCGAUUACCGAUACAAGUUCGCGGAAGCGUGGUACAACACCAAAUUUCAAACCGGGACUGGACGGCCUAUUGACGCCCUGAUCUGUCCCUGUGGUCCCUCUUCAAGCUUUCCCCAUGGUUUCCCCGUGUGGUGGGGGUAUUUCAGUUUAUGGAACAUACUCGACUACCCCAGCAUUGUGGUCCCUCUGAAAGACUUCCAUGUCGAUCUGGAGAAGGACGGCAAAGAUCUCGAUUAUCAUCCUCGGGAAAAUGUUUUUGACAAGAUGAACCACGAUAUCUAUGACCCAAAGUUGUGGGAUAAGUUACCCGUGACCAUACAAGUCGUGGGCCGGCAGUUUGAGGAUGAAGAGCUUAUUGCUGUGACGGAGUGCUUAGAUCAAGUGUGCAACGACUGA